GCAUUUAUAAAGAUUAUCUCAACAGUUCCAAUACUUCCUUAUUUUUCCAUUUCUUCCAUAAAAGUAGACAAUAACUCGCGCUCAACCUCCGUACACAUUUCCCAUUGUAUAAAAGGAUUACUGUGUUAUUGCCACGAUCGUGCUGCAACCUUUCGUAUUUUUUUCUAUUUUGUCCAGGUCAAAGUCACAUUUCUCAUCAUACAAUAGUAACAGCAAUAACAUCCCCAAUGCGAAACCACAAAUUAUCUAAUCAGGGCCUGUACUUUGAGGUUAUGCCGCAACAUCUGACCUUAAAAUAGUUAAAAUGUAUUUAGAUUAGUAUAAGCCGAUAGACAGACAGUAAAUAUCGCAGGCAACAAAUAAGAUUAUGUCGUUUCCAAAAGAACAUCCUCGAAAUUUAAUCCCGGAAUUGUGCCGCCAAUUUUACCACUUAGGUUGGGUCACCGGCACAGGGGGUGGAAUCAGCAUCAAACAUGGGGAUGAAAUCUAUAUAGCACCCUCAGGAGUACAAAAAGAGCGACUACAACCUGAAGAUCUGUUCGUCCAAAAUAUUAAAGGGGAAGAUUUGCAAUUACCACCCCCAGAGAAGAAACUGAAGAAAAGCCAAUGCACCCCCUUGUUUAUGUGUGCUUACACAGCGCGAAAUGCGGGGGCUGUUAUUCAUACUCAUUCGAAAGCAGCACUUUUGGCUACAUUGUUAUUCCCCGGGCAGGAAUUUAAAUGUUCGCAUUUGGAAAUGAUAAAAGGAAUAAAAAAUCAAAAGACAGGCAAAAACCUAAGGUACGAUGACACAUUGGUGGUCCCGAUUAUUGAAAAUACGCCGUUUGAGGAGGAUUUGAAGGAUAGGCUUGCGCAAACUAUUGCCGAGUAUCCCGAAACUUGUGCAGUUCUAGUACGUCGUCAUGGGGUGUAUGUGUGGGGCGACACUUGGCAACAAGCGAAGACAAUGACAGAAUGCUACGACUAUUUGUUCGACGUUGUAGUCCAAAUGAAAUCGCAUGGACUGGAUGCUCUGGUUAACACAAAAUAAAAAACCAAAUGUUAUAAAAACAACAGAAGUUAUGUUUCGAUUUAUUUUUAAAUAUACUCUACAAAUAUUUCA